GUAUGUUUUAAUAAGAUAAUAUGUGAUUCAUAUGUCUUGUAUUAUUUUUUCCUAUUAUUUAAAAAUUAUAUAAUCAGUUUCUUUGAUAUGGUUAUAGAUUUUAUAAAAAUUAUUUGUUUUGAUGAAAAUUUUCAAGAAAUUUUUAUUGAAGAAUUAUUUUUGUAUUUCAUUAUCAUCUGUAAUAAGAUUAUUAUCUUCAAUAACAUUUUUAACAUACUAAUAGACGUGGUAACAUCGAGAAACUAUGAACACACGAUAAUAUAUUUUUUAUUAUAGCUAUAUAAUCACGUUAUAAGAAAAGGAAAAAUAUUUAAUAAUUAGUGAUUAGAUAAUUUUCCACGAAUAUCGAAUUUUUUAAAAUAAUUUUUUGUACAUAAAGAUAGCUAUAUUAUAUAUACUGUAAGAUAUCUCAAACACUAAUAACAAUGUUAUUAUAAGAAACGAAAUAUGAUAGAGAGAGAGAGAGAGAGAGAUAGAUAGAAUCGUUUUACUUCAUUUAAUGCAAACCUAUAAAUCACUUAUAACUUAAUAAAUUAAGCCUAUAAAAUCAAUAUUUUUAUAUAUUUACUUUUACGUUUGUUUUGAUUUCUAAAAUCAACUAUUUCAAGGUGUUUACGAAUACAUUAACACCUCCUAUUACACCAUUAAUAGCAAAUUUGUAUAGGAUUCGAAAACUAAGCCUGAUCAGCGUACGUUACACGUAACUAUGGAAAAAAGUUGUUUAAAAUGUUAUCCUUGAUAACAUAUUUCAAGAACAUUAAAUUCGAUCAAGGCAACUGUUUUAUGAAUACAAUUAUCUCAUAUUUUUUACAUAUAAUACCUUAAUUUAAUAUUCGUUAUGAGAUACAAGACACGAAGAAAUAAAUUUACGAUAUAAAUACUAUUUUUAUAUGUCUAUAAAUAUAUCUUAAUAAAUUUGCAAACCGAAUUUCAAAUAUACUUUACUUUCGUCGCGAUCGACGACUACUACAGUGAAAACAGUGAGAACGUAUUUAUAACGUUCUCAGCCUUCACCGUAUAUAAACAUAAGAUUAUCGACGAAGAGAGAGAGGCAAAACAAAUUUUGAAUUUACUGUCUUUACGUAACAAGGAGAAUCAUUCUUCGACACGAUUUGAACAUCGAAACACUUCGGUUAAUACAGAAAAACGAAUUAACACUGUAAUUUAAAAUUAACACAUAUGAGGAUAAAAAUGAUGACGAACGUGAUAGAUUUUCAUACUUCGUUUUUUUAUAUGCUUAACAAUGAAGCGAACGGAGAUAAGUUACACGAAUAUAUGAGCGAUUUUUUUGUGGAUCCUCCUGUAAUAUCUAAGAAACAAAAAUGUGGAAAAAGUCAAUUAAUGGAUCUUAUGGUGCAGGGAGAAAUCAAAAUGGUAGAAGGAAGGUACAGCGAAACAGUUGAUAUCUGUACACAAGGUUUGCAACAGAGUCUUCCAUUCAGUGCACAAUCCGCCAUUUUGUACUUCAUUCGAGCAGAAGCUCUGGAAAGUCUUCACAUGUAUGAAGAAAGUUUGUUAGAUAUCGACAGAGCGAUAGAAAUUUCUGUCAGCAAAACGUUAACGAAUAUGUUGCAAAAAAAGAGGAUUGAUAUAUUAAAGGAAGCCGCUUGUUUCGAACCGCAAAAAAUGCGCGAUAGAUGCGACUUUGAGAAUAUACCACAGUUCUCAAACAAUCAUCAUAAAUAUCAGUUAGGUUUGAGCGAUGCUAUCGACUUGAUAAACAAUGGACGAUACUUUGUGGCGGUAAAACCGAUCAAGAUGAAAGACGUUAUCCUAAUCGACAAGUCGCAAAUUACCCAUCUUCACAAAGAUGAUUGGGACGAUGAUCCUACGAAUAACAUGUGCCAUUAUUGUUUCAAAUACUGCAGAGCGUUGAUUCCAUGCGAUUAUUGUUACCAUGCGCUAUACUGUUCGAAAGAAUGUCGCAGUAAGGCGUAUCAUGCCUAUCAUCAAAUCUAUUGCCGGUAUGGAAAUUUGGAUAACAAAUCUUCGUUCGUGCUUAAAUUGCUCCUGAAAAUUACUGAUAACGGCACGAGAUUGAAAGAAACUCUCGAGUAUCACAAAGAAUUGGAAAAUAUGAAUGAAGAAAUGGAGAAAAAGGUUUAUAAUCUGAAAGAAAUGAAGGAAAACAAUUUAAGAUGUAUUCUUAAUUUGAGCAUUCCUAUGAAGAAGGAUGAUAACAGGACCGAAGAUAAUUUAUUUUAUUCAGCCAAAAUAGCUAUGCUGCUUCGAAAUCAUAGUAAUUAUAUGCAAGGAAGCAAUGAUAUUUUAAAUUUGACUAAAUUACUCUGUCGUUUAUGUUAUAUUUACGACGUAUAUGCACGUAUGGAUUUUGUACCAAUUUUCGAAAGAUAUAUCGCCCUAGUACAAAAUUUGUACUUCUUGCUUAACUUGGUCCGCCAUUCCUGUUCCGGGAAUACAAUAUAUACCGUGCAUAAAAACAAUGUGCUCGUUCUGCGAGCGGCUAAAGAUAUAUAUCCAGGCGAGCUGAUUACCUUUAACUUCAUGUCCAAAUACGUCGCAUUAGAGUCCAAUUCUAUGCCUCGAAGCAUCAUGCUGAAAAAUUUCUUCGAUAUUUCAUGCGAUUGUGAAGCUUGCGCGAAAGGUUAUAAAUUUAAACCCGAACUCGGUACAAAUUUAGAUAUACCAAAUCAAUUACAACAACGUUUACGAAGAUGUCGAAUUGACAUUGAUGCUAUGUGGGAAUUGCUUAAAAUAAUUAAUAACAGCACGAGAAAGCCAUGUUUGGAGAUAGAAAUUCUGAAAUAUUCCAUUUCAGAUGCGUAUUACGGGGAAGAAUAUUUUGUAAGUAUAUAUUAUAUACAAUAUACAAAGUUAAAUGGAGACGACAUAUUGCAUUAAAUUAACUGUUCAGCUUAAUUUUAUUUUUAAUUUAAUAUUGUGAAUAUGAUUGUGAGCAAAGUAGUCGAAUCAUUGUUGUUUUUUUUUUUUAUGAGAUUUUUAAUAUGAGAGUAGAAGAAUUACAAAAAGAAAGUUAUAAAUACAAAUAUUAUGAUUGGGUAAUUAAAAAAAUUAAAAUUACUAUAAAUAUAUUGAUUGAAGUUUGUUUUCCAAAUUAAUUUAAAAAAUUCUGAAUCAAUUAAUUCUUGAUUAAUUUACUAAUUCUUGAAUUAAUUUAUAUAUUUUUCUU